AUGCUUCAAGAGUACUUGAGAAAUCAAGAAGAGAGUACAAAGAAGAUGGAGAGAAGAAUCGAUUUCAUCCAUGAGAGCCUUGGAAACAAAUCUGAAGUCCUAUUCAAGCAAGUGAUCAAGCUUGAUGAAGACAUUAAGAAGUUAAGAGAGGAUCAUGAUCGAUCUUUGACCCUAGUUAAGCUUGAUGUUGCUUCCAAAUAUCAAGAGUUGCUGAACAAGAGCAUGAGAAUUGAAGAUACUAGCUAUGGCAAUAGCAAACAUCUUGGAUCGAUCUACAACCGCCUACAAGCCCUUGAAGGAUCAUCUCAUGCCAAUUACAAGAGAGAGAGGAGUCCAACACCCAACCACCCUCCCUUUUAUUGCAAUGCCAUCACAAGAAGAAGCACUACUCAAGUCCAUGAGGACAAUGAAGAAGAAGAAAGAGAGUAUGAGGAACAAUUGAAUGAUGAAGAUGAAGAGCAGAGCAUCGACAUCAAUGCUUCCCCAAAACAGAGCAUGGAUACACCAAGCCCUAGAGACCCUCGUUUCUCACCAAGAAGUCAAGCUUCUACACUUCCAAGAUGGAAGCAAUGCAAAGACCAUCACCACCUACUGAAGAAGAAGAUACUUGGCAUGAAAACAAAGAAGAGAUACACCAACUUUCAGGAAGGCUCGAUUUCCCCUUGCCCCUCAUGGAGUCAAUCAACCACCAUCACCACCAUCAUCACCACCACCCAGUGGUAUGUCAAUUCCAUAUCAAGAGAGAAGCUUGCUGAGUUCAAUCAGUUUGUCCAAACUCUUCCAGCCAGCAUGUCUUUCAAACAAGCUUGGCGCCACUACCCAUUCACCACCUUCUUCCACAACUGCAAGGAGACACCUGAGGACAUAAAGAGCUUUUUGAGAAAGCUAAAGUUCAGCCACCUUCAAGACCCUCUACAAGAUUGA